CAUCUGUCAUCUGUCUUUUUUGACAUCUUGCCUACUCCUUUCAGUUUGGUGUUCCUCCAAAUCAGACAUUAAAAAAUGAAGCUCAACGUUUCUUUUCCCGCUACGGGAUGCCAAAAACUGUUCGAAGUCGUCGAUGAACACAAAUUGCGUGUGUUCUAUGAGAAACGUAUGGGUCAAGUUGUUGAUGCCGAUAUCCUCGGCGAUGAAUGGAAAGGUUACAUGCUCCGCAUUGCCGGUGGUAACGACAAACAAGGUUUCCCCAUGAAACAGGGCGUCUUGAGUCAUGGCCGUGUUCGUUUGUUGCUGAAGAAGGGACACUCUUGCUACCGCCCUCGCCGCACUGGUGAACGUAAACGUAAAUCAGUCCGUGGCUGCAUCGUUGAUGCCAACAUGUCUGUCUUGGCUUUGGUCAUCGUCAAGAAGGGUGAAAAGGAUAUUGCCGGUCUUACCGACACUACCAUUCCCCGUCGCUUGGGUCCCAAGAGAGCCAGCAAAAUCCGCAAAUUGUACCAACUGUCCAAGGAAGACGAUGUUCGUCGUUUUGUUGUUCGUCGUCCUUUGCCUGCCAAGGACAACAAGAAAGAAACUUCCAAGGCCCCUAAAAUCCAACGCCUUAUCACUCCCGUUGUUUUGCAAAGGAAGCGCAGACGUGUUGCCUUGAAGAAGAAGCGUCAAACUUCCUCCAAGGAAGCCGCCGCCGAUUACGCCAAAUUGUUGGCCCAAAGAAAGAAGGAAAGCAAAGCCAAACGUGAAGAAGCCAGAAGACGUCGAUCUGCCUCCAUGCGCGAAUCAAAGAGUUCCAUCUCCAGCGACAAAAAGUAAACAAAACAUUGUUUUUUAACAUAAGGAUAACUAUUAUUCAUUUCGUGGAGUUUGCGAAAAGGGAAAAACCGUGAAAAAAAUAAAAUAUGUAAAAACUUGGUUUUUUAAGAAAA